AUGUCCUCUGUGAGUACUCGGCGUGCGCCCAAGUCGCAAGGAGGAUUGGCCCGGCUGGUAUCCAAAUUCGAGAACCUCGGAGCAUCAAAGACGCCUCAAGACAUUGGAUCGGCAGGUGAAGUCAGACACGGUUCGAUUCCCGCAUCCAGAUUUUCAGAUGCUCAGCCAGUGCAGGAAAACACAAGAGAUGGUGCAUUUGGCUCAUCAAAAACUUUGGCAUCGCCAUCUCUGGCUCCUACGAGUACCACAAGAGGCCAGUUGAAAACGCCUCUCAGGGAUAGCCGUGCUGGCACCACUGCAAACACAUCGUCCAAAGUCGGGAAACUGAUGUCUAGGAGAGGCUUGGCGGUUGCGGACAUGAGGAGAUUGUUUGAGCGAGGAAAUGAUAAGACUGUUACUUCAAAUGUUGCGCGAACGACUACCUAUGAACCUAAACGCGUUGCUUUACCUACCACGGCCACCGAGUGCAAUGACCAUAAACCGCUCUCCCUUGCGAGUAGCCCCAUGAAAGCGUCGUCAACCGUAAACGAAGCGGGCACACUGGCGAAUCGACAAGAAGACGAAGGAAUUGUUCCUGAUCUGGACUCCAUUCACCGCCACGUUGAGCAUCCCGAAUACCUGCCAAGGCCGCUCACUUCGCCCGAUCGCUCUUUUCGGACCCCGGGAGAGAGCAGAGCUGCUAUCGAAGACAGUAAAAGCACAUGGCAAAGAAAUGAGCCCCGAUUCAAGCUACAGGGUGGUGUGUUUUUGGACAAGACCCCUUCUCCGCUCAAAAGUAUGGUUGUUACAGACGUAGGGACUUGGCGCCCAAAGCCUUUCGACACAUCCGAGGUGGUCUUGGACUCUGAAAACGGAAACUUGAGACAUGAUGGCCGAUAUUUGGUGAACUCUUUUGAGCGAGUAAGAGGGGACGGCCCAGAGCUUUUGGAAGACGUGCAACCUGGUGUGACUCUCUGCUAUCCAUGCCGCGACGCCGUGCUAUCAUCGAUGACUUAUACUGACGGCGAUGCCAAAGAACUACUCAACGACAAACAGCCACUCCUGCAGAAUAAGGCUGAGCAGGUCGAACGAGCCAUAGGACCUAGCCUGGAGACACCGCCAAGGCCGAUUAUUUCCCAACAGGGCUCUGUGCGGCCAGCUUCCACACAAGAUGGCCCCCAGCCGCCUCGUUCCGGAACUUUGUCUGGAAACGGCAGGAGGCUCAAAGAGACGAUUGGUCUUUUUGAGUCUAUGAGCAAUCAAGCCAAUAGAGAAGACGGACUCAGACAUAUUCGCAAGGUAUCUUCGUCUCCGACACUCCAAAGGACUGCCGCUACAAAGAGCAAGCUUGCUAGAGACAAUCUUGAGCCGGAAACGACCAGAACUGGGGACGUACCAUCUCCUCCAAGACUGUUGUCACCGAUAGAAGAUCGGCCUCCACAGCCAUAUACGCGAUCACCAGGCGUAGAUAGUGCCAGCAGCCAGGCUAGCGAUAUCAAGCCCUUGCUCUACACGAAACCGGCUAUGAUUAAGACAAAGCGCCAUAAGAAACACUUUGGGUCGCUAUUUAGAUCGGAAUGGAGAAGAAAGGCAAAGUUGAGAUCUGAAGGCGGUGGCAAGCAGAGCUUUCCCGUGCAACGCCAAGGAUACAAUAUCGACGGUGAGGGAGGGUUCGAUUUUGAGCAGAAAUACCACAGAAUUUCGUGUGACGAGACAUGGACGGACGGCAGCGAGGCUUCCUCUACUACGCACGAACCUAUGAUGCCGCACCGCCACCCUUCGCUUCGCCUUUUGCGUCGGCGCCUGAUGUCUCGUAGCCAUGGGCUGUUUGUUUCGGAGGCUCAAUGCACGCUCGAGCAGCCGCAGCCGGUGAGAGACAAUGAACUACGAAACCUUACUAGCCUUGGUAGUCUUUUUAGAGAGAGGAUGGCUGCAUUGAGGGCACGAGCUCAGACGGAGUAG